ACAUAUCUUUUAUGCGAGCCUGUUCUAAGCGCCGAGGCGGGAAAUCAACACUUGUUUACUUUCAGUACGGAAGAGGAAAGCGCAUUUGCAAGCAGAUUCAACGCUUAUUCACUCGCACUCUGGUUUUCUUGGAUCUUUUAAACAAUGGCAGAACGUCCAGAGGAUCUCAAUCUACCAAACGCCGUCAUUACACGUAUCAUAAAGGACUCGCUGCCAGACGGCGUGGCUGUGGCUAAAGAGGCUCGUAGUGCCAUUGCAAAGGCAGCGUCAGUUUUUGUCUUGUAUACCACAUCGACAGCAAACAGUUUAGCACAGAAAAAUAAAAAGAAGACUGUCAGUGCACAAGAUGUCUUUAAUGCUAUGAAAGAAAUGGAGUUUGAAAAAUUUAUAGAGCCUUUGCAAGAAAGUUUAGAAGUCCACAGAAAGUCUCAGCAGAACAAGAAGGAGCAGAAGGAGGCGAAGGCGAAGGCAAAGAAAGCGGAAGAGGAGAAGACUCCAGACAUGCCAGAGGAAGAAUCCUCAGAGGUGACAGUCAUGGAUACUUCAGAAGCUGACAAGGAGAAUGGGGACCAGGAAGCGGGGUGAUCGUUUAAUGCUAGAUAAAAGACAGGGUUUUUUCUCCUUUUUCCAAUGUAUACAAGUUUUUGUAAAUUUUUGUUUCUGAGGCAUUGUUAGUUGAAUCAGAAUGUAAUGCUCUAGAGGAAAUUAUUUAUGGUUUUAUUUUGUAUAUUGUGUACUCCCAGUAACAAAAGAUUUCCAGCAACCAGUGAUGUACUCAGCAAAAUUUUGCUUGAAUGACUGAAUUGGCAAACUAUUUAAGAGUGAGAGAGGAAAAAAAUAAUAUUUUUGUAAACUGAAAAUUCUUAAAAUAAUAAAGAUUCCAGAAUAUA